AUGUGUUGGAACACACAUUAGUUAUUUGUAAACUGGGUAUUCUUUAAUACUGAUUAGAAAUUGCUGCACAAGGUUAGCACUAGGUUACAGAAAAUGUGGAUAGACCAACAAUAUGGCGAGAGAUUGAAUGCAAAGAGUGAAACGCAACAACCUUUGCCACUAACCUUGGAUACAUUGGGGCACUAAAGAUGCCUAAAAGCGAUACCUGGCCAGGUGGCAUUGGACUGGAGACCAGCAUGGACAGCGCCGGCAGCUGCGACAGCGUUGUCAGCGCCAACUCUAUCUUUAGUGAUGAUAGUCUGGAGCACCUCUCUGCUGAGGAGAAGGCCUGCCUCAUGUUUCUGGAGGAGACUAUUGAUUCUCUGGAUACUGAGGAGGAUAGUGGGCUGUCUAAUGAUGAGCCUGACCAACUGCCCAGCGCCGGCAACCUGGUCUCCAAACUGGCUGACCUGUCGGCUUCCAUGAGCAAAACCAAGCUCAACAGUUUGCAGAAACAAGACUUUUCGGAAAAUGCUGCCACCAAACCCAUGCACAGCUACCUGGUUCCUACACCAUUUGUUAUAGCUAGCAGCUCUCCAUGUUCCAUACCAAAUGCAAAGGCAGGUUUCUCUCCUGACAAAAACCUGAGCUCUAAAUCUCAGUUCCCUCCUUCAAGCAACAAACCUGAUCACAAACACAAGCCGAAACCUGUUAACCACCAUGUAUCUUUCGAUGCUAAUGUUGGAAUACCUCCUGCCACCAAACCCAGGGAUUUGACUGAAGGUUUACCCAGAGGCCCCCUGUCCUACGACGCACUGGUUUAUCUGCGGAGGAGUGCCUCAACAAAGAAGACGCCUCUAUGUCCCACGAUUGAUCAUACAAUAGACUUGAACAAGCACCUUCCUGUCACAGAGGAAGGCCCACACUUUGGAAAUCUACCAAGAUCUGACAGAUUUAACUCGGAGGCUUUUAAGUCCAAGACAUUCCCUCCAGUUGUGGCCCCGAAACCCAAACAGAUAACAGCCAAAACAUCUGUUAAAACCCCAAAUGCAGAAGAUGUUUCGUACAAUAUAAAGAAUGCGAAAGACCCCAAGGUUGUAAGACUGGAGGCUUUGGAGAAGCUCGGUCUCCUGAAAGACGAACAGCCCAAAAAUGAGACAGUAGCUCCACGGCCUCCCACUAAAUCUCCCUCCUCUCUGGACCCGACGACCAACAGAUUCUCAAGAGGUACAUCUAAUGCUAACCCAUCAAGAAGCCCGUCGUUGAAGAAGAACAAGGCUCUGCAGAGCAGUGCCAGCUUCCAUCUCUGCUCCAGACGGGACCAGCUGCCUGCGUCCGCGUCACAUUCCGCUCCAUCCAACGGAGUGAAGGCAGCUAGCCUAGAGCGCGCUGCUACACGAGACCAACACAGAAAUGCAGAAAACGCACAGCCUGUACCCCACAAACCCCCAAACUCAGUGGGAUAUACGGUGAUGGUGGUGCCUGGGAUGGGAGCUGAUCGAAAGGAAGCACUCAGAAAGCUUGGACUGCUCAAAGACUGAAUCAGGUAAACAGCAGAAGAGUGCCUGAGUAAAAGCAGUGCGCAGAGUUCAAGAGUACCACCAGCUUUAAGAGAUUAGAGCAUUGAGUGGAAACUUGGCACUUGGUGCUUUGGCAGAGUCAAGCAUUAGAGGAUGAAGAAGAGUGAGAGUUUACAGGGCAAGAUCACACCUUUGAAUAUAGUUUGCAAUACAGGGGACUGGAUUGAGGUACAUGAGGGUCGUUUUUUUCUCGAUUAUGGAUCUUUUGUAGAUUUCAUCUAUAAAAAGCAGUUUAAACUCUUCAAGUUCUUAAGGUUCUACGUGUUGAUUAAAUGGUAUGUUGAUGUAACGCCAUCUAAUCAGAUAUCUUAUUGUGUUUUUUUAAACAAAUUUCAGUUAAAUAUGAUUUUUCAAGACCCACACCUAAUCUAUUGCACAUGAAUGGUUGGUUAAAUACUCAUUUCCAUACAGUAUGCACACACAAAUGUAUGGCUGUAAACAAGUAUUUAUUCUGAUUUACCAAGAGAAUACAAAUAUAAAUAUUGCAGGUAACCUAUUUUGCACAUAAAAACACUUAAAAGUAAACAUCGACCCAAAUCAACAGAUUUUUUACAUUUCUGAUUGUUUUACAAAUCCCAGUUGUGCCUAUAAGUAGAUUGUUGAGAACAUUCAUUGGAGCAAAAUCUUAAAGAUCUUUAUAAUAAAAAUUAAAAAAGGUUUGGAAAAUGUUUUGGGUUGAUUUUUCUGUAUUCUCUAAUCUUCAAAACGCAUCAGCGGUACAUCCUAUGUAUCAAGCCCCGGAUUUGUUUUUGCUACUACUUUUACAGGAUGUAUGGUGUAGUUGUUUUUUAAUGUGACAGACUGUGUCCAAGCCGCUGCCUUAAUUGUCUAAAUACUGGAUGAGCUCAACCAGAAUUAAAAAGAGUGAUAAUGUCAUUUUUACCAUUUUCAUGAAUACCUGUGAAAAUAAAGACAUCUGCAUGUUAAA